UCAAAAUAUAGCAUUAUUUUAGCUAAUGUUAUAGCUAUGUGACUAAAUGCACGUCGAUAUGGAAAUCUUGUUUACAUGUAAAUAUAUUCGGAUUGUGUUAUCUAUCACGGGUCAAGGACGUUGGAAGUAAACACUGCGCACGAUACCGAAAAUAUAGUAAACAUUAAAUAGAAUUCCAGUCGCUGCCGAGAAAGGACGUGAAUAGUAUGUUCAGUGGAUUUCAACAAGAAUAUUGGGUUUGGGAUCAAGUUGCCAAAUCUCCAGAAGUAUUGCUUUCAUCAGACAGACAUAGUGCCUUCUUUUAUAUUGACCCCAUUUAUGAAAGCACAGGAACUGCUGGAGUUAGAGGCUCAAAGGGGUUUACAGAGGGGGAACACUACUGGGAAAUUGUUUUCCUGGAGCCCCCAUGUGGAACCUCAGUGAUGGUGGGUGUAGGAACAGAAAAUGCAGUUCUACAUAGAAGCAAUUAUGAAUAUGUAGACCUUAUUGGGUUUGACAAAGAGAGCUGGGGCUUAUCUUACAAAGGUACAACAUGGCAUGGAGGCCAAAAGAUUCAGUAUUGUGAACCUUUCUUUGACAAAACAACUGUGAUUGGAUGCCAUCUUAACCUCUACAAGGGGACCCUGGCAUUCAGUGUCAAUGGAACAUAUAUGGGUGUGGCAUUUACAGGACUGAACAAUGCCUCGGGUUGUUUAUAUCCCAUUGUCAGUUCUACGGCAUCAGAAACAGAGCUGGGACUAGGGGAGCAAUAUUGUCGAUACCUGACUCUCCAGGAAAAGUGUCUCCAGACCAUUAAGAGACAUUUAGAUUAUAAUGAUUCUGCUGAAACCUUACCUCUCCCAAAAGUCCUUAAAACUUCAUUGAAGAAUAUCUGAUGUUUGGAGAAAGGUUGCAUUUCUUUGUGUUAGAUUUGUAUCUGCUAAAUCUAUGUCACUGUAUACAUAUGUACAGAAUACUUCAAUGUUUAUAUAGUGCUGUACAAUUGUUAUUAAGGCCAGAGGAAUUUUUUCCUUCUUUUUUUGUUUUUGUACACAGGUAUCUUUUCCAACCUGGUUUUUUGAAAAACAAACACAAAUGUUUUCUACCAGAGAUAUUCUUUUUUAUGAUAACGCAAAUACAUAUAAAGAUGGCUGAUUUUUGUCAUAUUUUAAUAUUUUUUAUCCAUGAACUUGUGUGUGUGUGUUUGUGUGUGUGAUUUUUGUUUUGUUUGUUUGUUUCUUUUCUAUGUUGGCAAAAAGGUUUUCAAAUUUUGAUGUAGUGCAAAACAGAAAAAUUGUCCUCAGGCCUAAUCUUGACAAUGCAAUUACAAUGCAAAUUAAUUGGUGCACUGACAUUUACAUAUAUACUAGUAUGUAAAUAUAUUAAGUUAUGAGAUAGAUUUGUAUUAUGUUUGAAUUUUUGACUUGUUGAGUAUGUUAUGUGAAGAGAUUUCUGAAA